GCGGUGUCUCUCAGAAAUCUUCUUCUAAAGCGGCUUCAGGAGGCGCGGGCCUACGGCGCGCUCGGUCCCGGAAGUGACGUCUCCCAGAGGGGCCGGAAGUGGCAGUGGAGGGAGGGAAGAUGGCGGAGGUGGGGGAGAUAAUCGAGGGCUGCCGCCUGCCCGUGCUUCGGCGGAACCAGGACAACGAAGAUGAGUGGCCCCUGGCCGAGAUCCUGAGCGUGAAGGACAUCAGUGGCCGCAAGCUUUUCUACGUCCAUUAUAUUGACUUCAACAAACGCCUGGAUGAAUGGGUGACCCACGAGCGGCUGGACCUAAAGAAGAUCCAGUUCCCCAAGAAAGAGGCCAAGACCCCCACCAAGAACGGACUUCCUGGGUCCCGCCCCGGCUCUCCAGAGAGAGAGGUGAGGAAGACCCUGGACCUAUCUCUACAGCCGGCCUCCGCCCAGGCCAGCGGGAAGACCUUGCCAAUCCCGGUCCAGAUCACACUCCGCUUCAACCUGCCCAAGGAGCGGGAGGCCAUUCCCGGUGGCGAGCCUGACCAGCCGCUCUCCUCCAGCUCCUGCCUGCAGCCCAGCCACCGCUCAACGAAACGGAAGGUGGAGGUGGUCUCACCAGCAACCCCGGUGCCCAGCGAGACAGCCCCAGCCUCAGUUUUCCCGCAGAAUGGAUCAGCCCGCAGGGCAGUGGCUGCUCAGCCAGGGCGGAAGCGAAAAUCAAACUGCUUGGGCACUGACGAGGACUCCCAGGAUAGCUCAGAUGGGAUCCCGUCGGCUCCACGCAUGACUGGCAGCUUGGUGUCCGACCGGAGCCACGACGACAUCGUCACCCGGAUGAAGAACAUUGAGUGCAUCGAGCUGGGCCGGCACCGCCUGAAGCCGUGGUACUUCUCCCCGUACCCGCAGGAGUUGACCACGUUGCCCGUCCUCUACCUCUGCGAGUUCUGCCUCAAGUACGGCCGUAGCCUGAAGUGUCUGCAGCGUCACUUGACCAAGUGUGACCUGCGACAUCCUCCGGGCAACGAGAUUUACCGCAAGGGCACCAUCUCCUUCUUCGAGAUCGAUGGACGUAAGAACAAGAGUUAUUCCCAGAACCUGUGUCUCUUGGCCAAGUGCUUCCUCGACCACAAGACGCUGUACUACGACACAGACCCCUUCCUGUUCUACGUCAUGACAGAGUAUGACUGUAAGGGCUUCCACAUCGUGGGCUACUUCUCCAAGGAGAAGGAGUCCACGGAAGACUACAACGUGGCCUGCAUCCUGACCCUUCCUCCCUACCAGCGCCGGGGCUACGGCAAGCUGCUGAUUGAGUUCAGCUAUGAACUCUCCAAAGUGGAAGGGAAAACAGGGACCCCUGAGAAGCCCCUCUCAGACCUUGGCCUCCUAUCCUACCGGAGCUACUGGUCCCAGACCAUCCUGGAGAUCCUGAUGGGGCUGAAGUCAGAGAGUGGGGAGAGGCCGCAGAUCACCAUCAACGAGAUCAGUGAAAUCACCAGCAUCAAGAAAGAGGAUGUCAUCUCCACUCUACAGUACCUCAACCUCAUCAAUUACUACAAGGGCCAGUACAUCCUCACACUGUCGGAGGACAUCGUUGAUGGGCACGAACGAGCUAUGCUCAAGCGUCUUCUUCGGAUCGACUCCAAGUGUCUGCACUUCACUCCCAAGGACUGGAGCAAGAGGGGAAAGUGGUGACCAGACACUGUCCACAGCAGUGGCAACAAGACCGAAGCGGGGCUGACAGCACGUCCCAGCCUUCCCAGGGCCCCCAAGAGGCACACCAGGGGAGGUGGGGCUGAGGACAGCUCCAUAAGGAGAGGACAGGCCUCGUAGGGCCUGGGCCCGCUGGAGCCCAGCACCAAGGCGAGCUCAGGGCUCAGGUCAACUCCAAGGUCAGCUGGCUGCGGGCCUGGGCCUGCUGUGAACCAGGGACCGAAGGGAGCCAGGCAGCUGUGUACAGUGACGUGGGGGGGAGGGGUGCACUCUGUACAGGGGACUAGUGACUGUAAAAAUUUCUUUUGUAAAGUAGGAGUUGGGGUGGGUGGGUUCUGGCUGCAAAAUUCUGGCCUCUCUUGCCCUCACCGCCUGUUGGCAAUAAAUUGUUUCUAUAAGCCA